CUUUGCUCUGGUUUCCCUAACCGUCAUUCCCUCUUACACGCUCGAUCUCGCCGACCGAGGCGAUGGCGGCGGUACCCGCGGUGAGGUUCCCGAUGUUCGGCCUCGUACGCCUGCUUGGCGUGGCCGCGGCGGCGGUCAUCCUCGUCUGGGCCGUCCACUUCCGCGGCGGUAUGGCGUUCUCCGCCGAGAAAGACAAGCUCCUCAUCUUCAACGUGCACCCUGUGCUCAUGCUGAUUGGAUUGGUUGUCCUGAAUGGUGAAGCUCUUUUGGCGUACAAGACAGUUCCAGGAACCAAGAAACUGAAGAAGUUAGUACACCUUACGUUGCAGUUCCUUGCCAUGUUCAUGAGUCUAGUUGGCCUCUGGGCUGUCUGGAAGUUCCACGAUGAAAAAGAAAUUGACCACUUGUACACACUUCACUCCUGGUUGGGCCUUUCUUGCAUCAUCAUCUUCAGCUUGCAGUGGGCUGCUGGAUUUUUGACCUUCUGGUACCCUGGAGGAUCUAGAAGCGACAGAUCAUCCCUACUCCCCUGGCAUGUGUUCUUGGGUGUAUUUCUCUAUGUUCUUGCCAUCGCCACAAGCGUGACAGGACUUCUGGAGAAAUCAAUCUUCAUGCAGAGUGCGAAAAUGAUCGGGCGCUUCUCCACAGAAGCGAUGUUGAUGAACACACUGGGGAUGAUGCUGAUACUACUAGGAGCUCUUGUUAUUCUUGCUAUUUUUAACCCUGGAGCUGGCAAGAUGGACACAUACCGAGGUUCUUCAGAGUGAGGGAAUAGAAGGGAAAGGGCAGUAUGUGGUUCUUGGGCUGCAGCUAGUCAUAAAGUACAUCUUUCUUGCUUCAACUUAGGAAAUUUUAUAUGUAUGUGUCAUUGCCCUCUGGGCUGUUGUCUUUUUUUUUAUGUGCCAAUUGAACGAUUAGCUGUUGUCAGGAACUUUUCCCCUAUCCAUUCUACUCCCUCCGUUUUUAAAUAUAAGUUUUUUUAGAGAUUUCA